AUGACCAAACUCACGCUCACCGUAGCGCUCGUUUCGGCUUUGCUCGCCAGCGGCGCCUCUGCUCAGCAGCCUACCGGCACCGGAAACGGCCCUGAUCCUCGUGCCACCACCGACUUGAAUCGCAAUCAGCCCACCAAGUCGUGGACGCAAUGGCAGCCCAAGGCUACGUACGCCUUCUCGCAACUUCCCGAUCAGUACAUGGGAGCCAACCGCAUCGAGUCCGGCGAGGGUGGGCAGCCCGGUGGAGAGCCUCAGUCGGGUUACAACACGUGUGCGCGCAACACAUGGAACCAGGACUCCAAGUGCCAGACGGCGUGGAUCAACUCGCUCGAGGACUUCUGUCUCUGGGCUCCUGCCGAGUAUGGUACCGUUGGUGAGAAGGAGCGAUCAGGUGUCGCCUACUGUACUACCGACCGACACGGCACUCGUCUGAUUCCUGACGGCACCAUCCAGGGUGCUCACUUUGUCAGGACCAGGGAUUACGUUCAGGUGACCGGUGUGGGUGACUUUACCAGCAUCUUGAUCCCUGACGGUGACGAUGGAGGAGAAUUCGACCCUCACGGUGCUGAUGACUUGGGCAACCCGAUCGGUGGUAUUGUCUACACCACGGCGAACCCGGCCUCGAACGGCGAGCCAUUCUUUGUUAGCGAGUGGACCAACUUUAUGUCGUACAACCAGUUCUGCUUGCGUGCCUGUUGGGGUGAGCGCGCUGCUGCCCAGUGCGAGCACAUCUACGAUGUCAUGGGCUGCCGAUGGAACAUCCCUGCCAACUACGAACCGGGUGUUUUCGAGACAUGCGAUGGUGACAUUGGCCAGCUGCAGGGUAUCUACAGCGGCUCAACCUUCCGCCAGGGUGACCCGGUUACGCCUCCAGCUCACCCCGCUCCUUCGAGCAGUCAGUGCUCCUCGGUGAGCACCAUCGGUCACGGUCUUCUCGCCCGAUCCGCUUCGGCAAGCACCUCUUCGGUCGAGACCUCAUCGUCGUCAGCCGCCUCGAGCGCUGCUACUGACUCUUCGGCCUCGACUAACAGCGCCUCGUCCAUGACCAGGGUCACCAACAGUGCUGUUUCCACAAACGUAGGCUCCGGCACCGGCUCAGGCUCGGGUUCGGGCUCGGGUUCGGGCUCGGGCUCGGGCUCGGGCUCGAGCAGCGGCAGCUCGAGCUCCGGAAGCUCCUCCAACACGCAGGGUGCUGCUUCGAGUGCCUCGAGCCUCACCAUCUCGGUUGGCCUUGCUGGUCUCGUCGCUAUCGGCGCUGCGGCGUUUGCUCUCUAA